AGCACACAGGCAAUAUGACGAGACUUCGCAUUUUACUAAACCUCCUCACACUGUUAUCAUCAGCCAACACAGGUUCCCACUCACUGUGCUCAGUGGCGAAUUUCAUCAUUGGAGAGACGCCUUUCCCUGAGUUCACCGUCCUGAUCAUGCUGGAUGAUAUAAUAGUGUCAUACUACGAUUCAGAUGCACAAAAGACAGUUAUGAGAGUGGACAGAAAGAUAAAUGAUGAAGAGCAAGAUUUUUGUAACUUGAUAUUUGGAGCACUACACAAAGAAAUGCAGGCACGAGCACACCUUCUUAAGCAGCACUUUAACUGCUCUAAUGGUGUCCAUGUGGAACAAAGGCUGGAAUGUUGUGAAUUGCUGAGCAGUAAUGUGCAAGGACAAAUGAAGAUGACUGAUGCUUUCGAUGGCUUGAGUGGAUUUAUGAUGGACUAUAAUAUACACCAACAUUCCCUACAUGCUGAUGUAAAAUGGCCAAUAGGCUUUAACACGUCGAAGUAUGAAUAUCACAAGGCAUUUUACCUCCAUUUUCUUCAACCUUUAUGCAGUUCAGUUUUACAAUUGUUACUUAAAGAUUUGAGGAACCAUGUACUGAGGAAAGUGAAGCUCAGAGUGAGACUCAUGAAGCAACUCGACUCACGCUCUGGAGUGGCUCGUCUGACCUGCCUGGCCACUGGCUUCUACCCACGACACAUUAACAUGACACUGCUGAAGGACGGCCAGGGCAUGCCCGAGCACCUCAUCACCAUGGGAGAUCUUUUGCCCAAUGGAGAUGGAACCUAUCAAAUGAGGAAGACUGUGGAGAUCAGCAAGGAAGAGCUUGAACAGAAACACAACUACACCUGCACAGCUACACACCUCAGCCAGGACAACAAGAUGGAUGUGUACUGGGAAAUGCUGCUCACAAAUGACAGACCAAGUCCAAAUGUUACUGUCAUCAUCAUCUGUGUACUAUUUGUGUGUGUGAUCGCACCAACAGCUGCCUUCGUUAUAUGGAAGAGAAGGCAUGGAGGUAAAAACGCUGCCAUCGUGAAUACGGUUAUUUCACAGAAUUACUACAAAGUGCCUUCUGAAGCUAUAAAAUGGAACAGUUUAAUGACUUUUGCCUACAUUAAAUCUUCUAGUUUCUCAAGUGUCCUCUCAGACGGACUACUCUGCUGCCUCGAGUACUGAAGAGGAGAUUGGAGACUUGUGAGACAGAAAGUCAGACAACAACGUAUGGGACACAGCAAUCUAUAACCUGUGUGCACGGGCGCAGAUGGGGGGGGGACGGGGGGGAUUCGUAAUAAACCCAGAUUUAAAUUCACCUCGUUCGGUCCCCCCCACUUAUAGGGAGGAAAAAACGUCUAUGCUGUCUUUCUUUGCAUAAGGCAAACCUCACGGAAAAAUCAAAAGACUAAUUACCAUUCGGUUUAUUGAGGUGCACAGCAGUACAUACAUAGUUGCAACUGCGCAGACUGCACAGGUUGCGAGCUCGAGCUUGGUUGCUAUGGUUACCCACAAGUUUGACAGGCAUAUCGGGGACAGCGCCUCCUAGUUCAGGACCCCAACACGGCAUGAUGAAGGGUGCCAAAAGGCAGAAAACGAUUGCAUCAUUUAAAAAAAAAAAAGACUGUAAGUAAACUGUGCCUUACUUUAUCAUAUCACCUUGCAAUUUUUUGAUAGUCUGUUCAAAGUAAUGUCAUAGUGAAAGUAAAAUCGUACGGAGUAGAGAAGCCUUUCUGGUAGCCUCCUUCUUUCGGUGGCAGCCUGUAGAUACAGUGCUCAGAAGGCAGUUUUAAUGUUUAAUCUGGUGUUCCCUGCCAUAAUUUCAGCGAGCAUAUUGUUUCAUAAGGAAACUUUGCGAAGAGUUGUUGACUGACUGCCGCUCACGCAACACACAGGCAUAGUUAGAAAGUCAGGAUGCACUGGUUUACACUUUACACACACACACGUAGCCCAGCCUCUCGCUAUGUUUAACAGUUGGAACUUAGCGGUUUUAAAACUAGUUUUGCAGUUUUGCAAUUUCUGUGCGUGAUGAUAAUGUGUAAACUUUGGAUUUCCAUAGGCUAUGUUAAAAUGUUAUCAUUGUCCUGGCCUGCAGGUAGUUCCUGGUGAUGGCAGUGAGGGAGGUGAAAUAACAUGUAUACACACUACCGUUCAAAAGUUUGGGGUCACCCAGACAAUUUUGUGUUUUCCAUGAAAGGUCACACUUUUAUUUACCACCAUAAGUUGUAAAAUGAAUAGAAAAUAUAGUCGAGACAUUUUUCUGGCCAUUUUGAGCAUUUAAUCGACCCCACAAAUGUGAUGCUCCAGAAACUCAAUCUGCUCAAAGGAAGAUCAGUUUUGUAGCUUCUCUAAAGAGCUCAACUGUUUUCAGCUGUGCUAACAUGAUUGUACAAGGGUUUUCUAAUCAUCCAUUAGCCUUCUGAGGCAAUGAGCAAACACAUUGUACCAUUAGAACACUGGAGUGAGAGUUGCUGGAAAUGGGCCUCUAUACACCUAUGGAGAUAUUGCACCAAAAACCAGACAUUUGCAGCUAGAAUAGUCAUUUAGCACAUUAGCAAUGUAUAGAGUGGAUUUCUGAUUAGUUUAAAGUGAUCUUCAUUGAAAAGAACAGUGCUUU